AUGGGCUCCGUUGUUCUCCCUCAUCUUACUACAGCCUGGCACGUAGACCAAGCUAUUCUCUCCGAGGAGGAGCGUCUAGUUGUCAUCAGAUUUGGUCGUGACUGGGACAAGGACUGCAUGAGGCAAGAUGAAGUGCUCUACCGAAUCGCUGAUCGCGUCAAGAAUUUUGCCGUCAUCUACCUUUGCGACAUCGAUCAAGUUCCAGAUUUCAUCCAGAUGUACGAACUGUAUGACCCUAUGACAAUAAUGUUCUUCUUCCGCAAUAAGCAUAUGAUGUGCGAUUUUGGAACCGGAAACAACAACAAACUCAACUGGGUGCUGGAGGAUAAGCAAGAGUUGAUCGAUAUCUUUGAGGCGAUAUAUCGCGGUGCGAAAAAAGGAAGAGGUUUGGUAGUAAGCCCAAAAGGUUAG